UACUUCUCUUCUUCAGAAACCCUCCUCCUCUUCCUCCUCCUCUUCGUCGUCAUUACGUGCUGACCGGUCAGACCUCUCUCCCCUCCCCUCUUUUCCUCCCUUGGUCUUUUUCUCUGGCUUUUUCCAGGCUUCAUGUCAUACCACGGCUAAUUCCUGAAAUUCCUGCCCUCCUUGCGCUUCAAACAGCGGGCUCCAGGAAGGAGACGAGGCAGCACAAAACAAACAAAGGAGAGGAAAAGAAGAAAACACAACAACAAACAAACAAACAAAACAAAACAAUCGAGAAACAGCUAAUUCAGCUUCUUUUUUAAUUAAGACAGAGAUAAUAAUUGCUUCACCUGCCUCCCUGAACGCGCCUGUCGGACUUGCCAUAGAGUUUCAGCAGGCUCGUCAUUGUCGCCAUCUUCAUCCCACCUCUGGAUGUCCUACCGGCAGGCGUGCUUCUCGUUAAAGCCUCUCCCUCCUUUCACCGCCAGCAGCCAUCCCAGCCGUAACUCUACACCCACCCCUUGCUCCGUGGACCUCUUCCAGACACCCCACCACGUCUGCGGAGUGGGUGCCGGCUCCCUCCCCGAGGGGUGGGAGCGAGGAGCUGGGAGAUGGACUUGACAAACCCCUGGAGAACGACGCCGAGGGCGUGUGGAGCCCCGACAUCGAGCAGAGCUUCCAGGAAGCCCUGGCAAUUUAUCCACCAUGUGGCCGUAGGAAGAUAAUCCUCUCUGAUGAGGGCAAGAUGUACGGGCGGAACGAGUUGAUAGCGAGGUACAUCAAACUUCGCACGGGGAAGACACGGACCAGGAAGCAGGUAUCCAGUCACAUCCAGGUUCUUGCCCGACGGAAGGCCAGAGAGAUCCAGGUGAAGCUCAAGGUACGCUACGACCAGGCUGCCAAAGACAAAGCCCUCCAGAGCAUGGCCACCAUGUCCUCUGCUCAGAUCAUCUCACCCACAGCCUUCCAGAACAAAAUGGCUCUUCAGGGUCUCUCGAGACCAGCUUAUCCUACUGCUGGUGGAUUCUGGCAUGGGACAAUUCCAGCUCAGACAGGAGGCCAUGAGGACAUUAAGCCCUUCUCCCAGCAGAGUUAUGCCAUGCAGGCGUCAGGCCCGACCCCGAUAACAGGUUAUGAAAGCACAGCAGGACUGUCCAUGUCUCCCGGCGCCCCCCCUUGGCAAGGCAGAAGUAUUGCCAGCUCCAAGCUCCGGAUGCUGGAGUUUUCCGCCUUCCUGGAGCAACCUCAGGACUCGGAGACUUUCAACAAGCACUUGUUUGUGCACAUCGGACAGUCCAACCCGAGCUACAGCGACGCCUAUCUGGAGUCCGUGGACAUCCGGCAGAUCUACGACAAGUUCCCCGAGAAGAAAGGAGGCCUGAAAGAGCUGUUUGACAAAGGGCCACACAACGCUUUCUUUCUCGUCAAAUUCUGGGCGGACCUGAGUGUAAACCUGCAGGACGACAACAGCUUCUUCUACGGCGUGUCCAGCCAGUAUGAAAGCUCUGAGAGCAUGAACAUCACCUCGUCCACCAAGGUCUGCUCUUUUGGGAAGCAGGUGGUGGAGAAAGUGGAGACGGAGUACGCUCGCUUUGAGAAUGGACGAUACGUGUUUCGGAUCCACCGAUCCCCGCUGUGUGAAUACAUGAUCAAUUUCAUCCACAAGCUCAAACACCUGCCUGAGAAAUACAUGAUGAACAGCGUACUGGAAAACUUCACUAUCCUACAGGUGGUGACAAACACGGAUACUGUUGAGACCCUGCUGUGCAUAGCUUACGUCUUUGAAGUGUCCACCAGCGAGCAUGGCGCGCAGCAUCAUAUUUACAGGCUAGUCAAAGACUGACAAGAGUCGCACUGUUGGAACUUGCCAGCUCUUAGACCCUUUUGUAGCGAGAGUUAAGCAACAACAACACAUAGAGAGAAAAACAACAACAAAACAAAACAAAACAAAAGACUGCAGAUGCCACAGAUCUUAAAGCUGGAAUCUGACAAGUUGGUCAGGAACUCGGAGAAACACUGGCUGCGUCAGCGUGCGCAGGAACACUACUACUGCUGAAGAAGAUGAACUGCGGAAGCUGAAAGGCUCUGAAAAAAAGUGAGAAGGAGGACCAUCCUACACUGUGGUCUCGAUACCAAAGGAGCCAAACGCGGCCCAACAGAAGCUGCAUGAGAGAGUUGACGUUGGUGGUGUUCUUCAUCGUGUUUAACUAGAGCUUGUUUUAAAUGUAGAUUCUUUUACCCGACAUGCAUGUGGAGAGAGGGUGUCGAGUUGGACUGCCUCAGGGUGCCAUCUAGCGACUUGAAUUAAUAUUGCAAAAAAGAAAUAGAAGAUUCAAGAUACCUCUUCUUGCACAUCCACGGAUCAUAACUGAUGGUGCCAAUAUUUUACAGCGUUUCAGCGAUCAUGUACAGAAUCACAUUCAUCUCUUCUUGACAGUUAGGAUAAACUGAAAAGUGUUGUUUGGCACCGAUUGUCGAAUGCGUCUCAUAUUGUCUUCUUGUCCUUGAUUGGCAACAGUCUGACUUCGACACAUUGUAACACUGCUAACCUGAACUAAAUGGGAUCUGUAAGCUGAAGUUGUCUGCAUAUGUAAGUUGGCCUGUGUCAGAUUGAAAAACACGUGUUCCACACACACAACUCCUUCUGUUGCUGGGUUUUGGUAAAGUGUGGUAUGAAUCUAAUGACAUAUAUAAUUAAAGGCAGGAUUUCUCCUGGUGAAACUACA